CAAAUAAAGUUCUUUUCAAGGCGUCAAUAGUGGUAAUCUGACUGUGGUUGCUGUGAAUAAAGGUGAGUUAUGCAAUCUUCUGAUCGCUUCACACGAUUUCGCCGAAAUUAAUUAAAACAAUAUUAAAAGGAAUUUUAAAUUAAAUUAAUAAAAUAAGUUAAAAACACAAUUCCAGAUAUUCGACUUUCCUAAAAGUCAAGUUCAAUGAGAGUUAUCCGUCUUGAGUUGGAACUCUUCAAUUGGUUGGAUGAACUUCCGCCGAGUACUGUCAACUUCCGUUGAAAAUAGUGUGCUGCUUCGAAGCUGUCAAAAUGGGGAAGCAAUACUGCUGUAUUUGUAGCAAUUUUAGGGGAAAGAUAGUCGGUGAAAGAAUAGUAUCUCUACACGUCAUUCCAGUAAGCAAGUACCUACGACAAGCGUGGAUAAGGCGACUUCGGUUAGUGAGAAAAGACCUCACAGUGACCAAGCACACGGAAAUAUGCUCAGAACAUUUCGUGGGUGGUAACGGUCCAGGCAUAGGGCAUGAUGUUCCAUCGAUUUUUCCGAAGAAAAAUUACAGUACUUGCACAGUGUCUGAUGCUGACUUUGUUGAUACCCAUAAGCCAAAUGAAAGCCCAUUCAAGCAGGCCUGUGACCCUGAAUCUCCCAAAGUGACUAUGCAGAUACAUCGAGGGACUCAUCAGUCUGAUGAAAUUGAACAUCAUUCCACAACAUUCAGUCAAGGUGCCAGAUCCUAUGACGUUGCAUCAAUUAUGCUGCAUGACUACUGUGAGGCUGUGUGUGAAGACGACAUCAGUUGCAUAAGAUAUGGAUCAUCGCAAACAGAAAUGGUGGAAGUUAGAAGCAUGUCUACUCAAACUGACGAUGUAAUGUUCCAGUGUUUAAAUCCUGUGAAAACAUCCUGUGCAAUGACUCAGACUGAGACUGAAAAUAAAAAAGUCUUUGGCAAUCAAGCCACUCAAGUCAAACUUCCUGAUUUAACAUUUUUUUAUGUGAAGAAUGAUUCAGAAUUGGUAACCUAUUAUACAGGUCUUGUGGAUGCAGAAAAGUUUUCAUGUUUAUUUGACGUGUUUUCUGAGGUUCAUGACAGGGACUAUCCAACAUCCAAUAUCGGACGCCCUAAAUCUUUGUUGUGCUGAUGUCAUUAAUAGAUGGAUUGAUAUUUUGUACAACAAUUUAUCCUUCCUAGUUGUUUGGCCAUCAAUGGAUAUUAUUAUACAACUAUGCCUCAAGGUUUUAAAGAUCUGUAACCAAAUACAAGGGUUGUUAUAGAUUGCACAGAAUUAUUUACAGAAAAACCUUACUCUAUUGGUAAACAGUCACAAAUGUACAGUCAUUAUAAAAGUCACAUAACAUUUAAAGCGCUUGUUGGUGUCACUCCAAAUGGUGUUGU